CCAAAGGAUUACCAUUCUUAUUCCAAUAUGAGAAUAUGCGGGUAUGUGGACAUGUUGUGUUGCGUAGUGACGACGAUUUCCAACACUUUGAUCAUCACUGUGUUCACAAGAAGUACCAUGGUAUCACCUAUGAACACAAUCUUCAUUCACAUCGCCAUCACCGAAUCACUGGCCAUCCUUAGCUUCAUACCUCGCUCAUAUCACGAAUACUUUCAAGUGGAACAGUGUUCAAUCCACAAUCACCGAACACAUGGAUGGGCGAAUUUAGCUCUUCAUUCGUACGUGGUCGCAUUCGCAUUUCGUCACAUGGUAGUUUGGCUUACGGUAAUGCUGGGAGUAUGGCGAUACAUAGCAGUAGUGCAUCCGCUGAAGAAGAGUCAAUGGUGCAAUAUGCGCAUAACGCGAAAAUUGAUAAUCGGAGCGUAUAUUUUUGGAUUUUUAAUCACGAUAACACCUUACAUUUGCAUAGCGGUUCAACCAUCCAACAUACUACUCGAUACAGAAGGGUGUUUACUCUCGAAUUCGACCACUGGCAAUAAAACCAUCAACGCCACCAUACACGAAUUCAGUGUGCCACUCGAGGAUUAUCCUACUUUAUACUUAAUCGUCUUGAUCAGCUACGGGAUUCUAUUGAAAACUGUGCCUGCAAUUGUCUUAAUUGUGAUCAGCUACAAGUUAAUCUUCGCCCUGAUUGAAGCACGAAAACGACGAGUAGGAAUGGUUGCCAAUUUGAAUCGAAAAUUCAUGGAACAACAAAUGGAUCGAACGACUAUAGUUUUAAUACUCAUAUUGGCAUUAUUUAUAGCAGCUGAAAUUACUCACGGAAUAUUCGGCACAUUGACGGGAAUCUUGGGUCCAGCAUUUUUUUGGAAUUACUACUAUUACAUAAUGGAGAUCGCAAAUACCUUUGCGCAUAUUUCACAGAGUUUGAAUUUCGUGUUCUAUUAUGCGAUGAGCAACCAAUUCAGGAAAACUUUCAAAGCAUUAUUCAAACGAAAUAGAAAUAGAUCGUUUAACGAUGGACAUCACAUCAGCUCAGCAGUCCCUGCAAGAGGUAUCACUGAAAUGGAACGUCUUGAAAGUUAAUGUUACAUAUAAUAUACCGAAUAUUCAUAAAGUAUUACAGCAAAUUGGCUUCAAUUGCACCCGAAUAUGUAAAAUAAUUACAUCAAUGAAGCCAAUGUACGCAAUAAUAUUUUGCUCGUGUUCUUAAUUCCAUAUAGGUAAAUAUAUUCGUUUCGCUUUG